GUUUUGCAAGGUUCUAGGUGCUGUGAGUUUGUGGAGAGUGUUUGUACUUGCUAGGAAGGUGACUGAACGCUAUCAUCUCCUGGCAGCAGCCUUAGGUGACAGGACCCACAGUGUUCAUAUCAAUGCUUAAGUAGAAGGCCUGAGGCUCUGGCCUGCUCCUUCUUGUCUCUGUGCCUUACACUCUGAGACAGUAAUGGUGCAUGCAUUUCUACUGAUUCUCAUUGUGCUCUUUCCAUAUUUGUCUCUCUUUCUCAUUCUCUGAGUCUGUUUACUUUUCUUUUCUUUUUCUUUUUUUUUUUUUUGGUUCUUUUUUUCGGAGCUGGAGAACUUAUUUUUUUUUCUUGUGGGUGUGCCCCAGUUUGUGUGUCUGUGUGUGCACAGGUCUGCAUGCAUAUGCACAACCUUUAUAUGUUUCUCUAUCCCUCCACCUUUGGAAUUUAGGGGUCUGUUUUUUGACCUCAGGAUUUACCUUUAUAAUAGUUUCAUGGAGGUGUAAGUGCUUUAUUUUGGAAGCCCCACUUUCAACAGCACAGUUCUUUGCCUGUGUAGUCACAUUUGUCUAUACAUUUGUAUGCCUUGGGCAGAUUAUAAGUUUGUGGCAAUAUCUGGUCUCAUCUCCAGAAUUAUGUGUACUGUCUGCCUCUAGAAUAUUAGUUAUUCGGCUUGUAGCAUUCCACUUGUCAAAACAGGAAAAAUGAAAUCAGAGGUUUCUGGAUGUGUGUGUGUGUGUGUGUGUGUGUGUGUGUGUGUGUGUGUGUGUGUGUUUGGGUAAGCUCUGUGGCCUAGGCUCUUGACAGCAUAACAGGUUUGAAUGCAGAUCCAGCCCUCCUGAUUGAAAAAUGUGAGCCAGGGGACCCUUUAUCUGGGUGCUUAGCUUCUGUUGUCCUGGGCACACAAUUCCAAGUUUCUGAAGCUGAAGAAGAUCCAAAUAUGUAGAAUUCAGAAAGUGUCCUUCCAGGGCUGGGGUAGUACAGGACACAGCCUGAGUUCCUCUAAUCCUAAACCUCGAUGUUCAUUGGGUUCUAUCUUCCUGGGGCCAGCCCCUACUUCAGGCCAAAUCCAUUUUAUGAAAACUUGAAGAUAAAGGAGAAAGAGGUCAUGUCAUUACUGCACAACUUAGACACAAAGAACAUUGAACAUCGUGAGAAAUUUCAGGAGAUCAAGAAGGAGAUUAACUUCUAUCGCAACCUGCACAGCCGGCUCCUGAUGGACCAGGCAUGUAUGAAGAAGAAGUUGGUCACAUUGAAGCAGGAGAGCAAGGAGGUACAGCGAUAUUUGUUUGAGUUGAACCCGAAUGCUGAAGACGAACAGGAGAAGACCAGCAACCUCCAGACCCAGCAAAAUGUGGUAGGAAAAAGCAGCUGAGUCAGAUUAACAAUGUCUGAUACCAUUUGCCUAUUGGAUACAUCUUUGCUUCCCCUAUCAUCUUUCUAAUCUCCCCACACCCAAUCAGUCACCCACCUCAUGUGAUAGAGUUAUUCAUGGCUCUGUCUAUGCACAAGUAUUCUGGGAUGUUAACCACUCUCCAGAAACUGAAUUAUUGGCAAUUAUACUUCUCUGCCCUUUUUGAAACUGCAGUCCAGAAAUGGUGACAGAGGAAUAACAUAUCACAUGACUGCAUCUCCCUGUCAUAGAUUGGAUGCUAUGAAGAGUUUUGAACGAGUUCUUGGUCGUGUGACAAAGGUCAUACAGGGGUCAUGUGAUGGUUGGAAGCACCUUGUAGGGAUAAGAACCAAGUGCAAAUGGCAAAUGAGUCCUGGUCAUUGGCUUUGAUCUCAGUAUCAUGUGGCCUUCUCCUUUCUUCCUGCAACCCAGUUAGGUCUCUUCUCCUUUCCCCGUUCUUGGUUUUCACUGGUAGAAGUUUGAGGAGCAGCUUGUUCUCCCACAGUACUGUGAGGGUUGUUGGUGAC